AUGACUACUAAAACGGAGAUAAUAAAACCUAGUACUGUAAAAGUUUAUGAAUUAGAUGAUUACGAAAAGUUACUAAAAGGUGUAAAAGUAGCAGCAUGUAUGAUAACCGAGUCACAUCAAGUUGUGGAUGAAGCAAGUGUGAUUAAGCGUCUUAGUGCUUUAACUCUUAAUGGACCUUCUGAUGGCAAUUGCUGCUCUUGCUGUGGAGUUGGUCCAUUCGAAUCAAGAGCCCAACAAACAGCACAUUAUAAAAAUCAUUGGCACACUCAUAAUUUAAAACGAAAGUUAUUUGGUAAAGCAGCUUUGACUUUAGGUCAAUUUAAUUCUAAACAAGAUGAUUCCAGUGUAUCAGGUAGCGAUUCUGAAACAGAAUAUACAGGAAAUAAUCCUCCAAGUGAUCUUUUUGCUGCCGCCACUCGUCAUUGUAAAGCAUUUUUUACCAACCAAAAGGGAAAAGUUUUCUGUAUAUAUAGAUGCAUAUUACACCAUAAAAAGGAAGAACUGUCAACUGAUGGAGAAGGUGACGCGUGGAUAGAGAGGUGCCAGCGACUCACCAUUCCUGGUUUCCAACGAUGGGCUGUUCUAAUGGUUUCUGGCGGCCGUUUUGCCGGUGCCAUUUUCUCUGGUGGUGUGGUAGUGUUGCACAAGACCAUGCAUUCGUAUGUAACAAGGCGUGGGCAAGGACAGUCGCAGAUAUCGAGAGACCAGCAUGGAAACGCGCCUCGAUCAGCCGGAGCUAGCUUGAGGAGAUAUAACCAGGCGCAGUUUUUAGAGCACGUCCAAGAUAUAAUGGCUAGUUGGACAGAGGAUCUGAAAGGUUGUUACCUAGUUCUGUACAGAGCAGUGGGUUCGGUGAACCAAUCAGCUUUGUUCGGGAAGAAUUCACCAAUAAAUAGAGAUGAUAUGCGAGUUAGAGCAUUACCUUUCCCUACAAGGAAACCUACAUAUAAAGAAGUCCAGAGAGUACACGAGACAGUUGCUAGUAUUGAAGUGUAUGACACAAUGGAGCUCUUCCAAAGGGCCUUAAUAGCUUCAACAAGCAAGUCCACGACAAAAACUAACAGUGAUACAAGUGUUGAACGCAGUAAGAAAUCACAGAAGAGUCCCAACAAACCUAUAGACAGAGCUAAAUCUAGAGAACGAGCCCCACGCGAAUUACCAACUGCAAUAUUAUCAAGUGAAGACGAAGGGCCAUGUUUCAUAGAUUCAGAAACACCUGUUGGUUGGAUAAAAAUCCUUUCAGAGCAAAGUUCUAAUGGUGUGAUAACGAACUCUAGAAAAGAUCUAUUAAAUGAUAGUGCCUUAAAAAGUGAUAAUUCAGAUAGUGAAGAAGAAAACUUAGAAAAGAAAGAACAGACCGUUAAGAAGAAAAAGAAGAAGAAACCCGAAGAAAAAGAUAAACAAGCCAAGAAAGUGCCUGUCAAUACUGUGAAAAUAUCAGCAAAUGUUAAAAAGAUGUGGAAGCUCAUAUCAGACGAGCAGCUGACCUCGCUGGAGACGAUUCUAGAAGGUCUGGAGGAGGGCGAGCUGCAGAGCGCGUGCAACACGGCGGACCCGCGCGACGGGAACACCGCGCUGCACAAAGCUGCCAUCGCCUCCAAAUCUAAUAUGGUCACAGAGCUGCUCUCAGCGGGCAGCGACCCCUGCGUGAAGAACCACCAGCAGCAGACGCCGUACGCGGCGGCGCCGCACCACGACACGCGCGUAGCCUUCAGACUCUUCCAGGCGCAGUAUCCUGACAAAUAUAACUAUAAUAAGUCACAAAUUCCGGGUCCCGUAACUCUAGAACAGUUAGAACAAGAGAAGGAAAAGAAAGCUCAGCAGAAGCGAGCGAAGCGGCAGAGAGAGAAGGAGAAGCAGGCGGAGAAGAAUCAGACAAAUAAGUUCUUGCAAAUGACUGAUGCUCAAAAGGUGAAAGCAGAGAUGAUGAGAUGUUUCCUUUGCGGCGUACAUCUCCCCAAACCGCCAUUUCAAUACGAUAAUUACCAAUUUUGUACAAUUCGGUGUUUGCAAAAUCAUAGAAAUCUUAGGCCUCUCCAUAAAUCCGCU